AUGCGUCCUGCUACGGCACCGCCUCUCGAAGCCAAGGCGUCCCGCUCUUCCGUCGCCUUGGACCAAGAUGACUCCUCGAGCGACUCGCCCGCCCCCGCCGACAACGAGGAGUCCGACUUUUACAACGCCGGCAACGACUCCCAGUCGUCCAUCGGUGUCGCCAACUUUCAAGAUAUGCGCGUUGACGACCGAUGCUGGCCUCCCAUCAACCGCCUGCCAAACGAGAUUCUCAUCGGCGUCUUCGCUAAGCUUGGCGCCCCCGCCGACCUGUUCAGCUGCAUGCUUGUCUCCAAACGCUGGACUCGCAACGCCGUCGAUCUGCUCUGGCACCGCCCUGCCUGCACCAGCUGGAAGAGCCACCAGACCAUCUGCCAGACCCUCGAGGCUCCCAACCCCUUCUUCAGCUACCGUGACUUCAUCAAGCGGCUGAACCUGGCAGCUCUGGCCGAUAGGAUAAGCGAUGGUAGCGUCACAUCACUUUAUGUUUGCGCGAGAAUCGAGCGUCUGACCCUCACCAACUGCCGCGGCCUCACCGACGCUGGCAUCAUUGGCCUUGUCGAGAACAACACCAACCUACUCGCCCUCGACGUCUCCAACGACAAAAACAUCACUGAUCAGUCCAUCUACACCAUUGCUGAGCACUGCAAGCGCCUCCAGGGCCUUAAUAUUUCUGGAUGCGAUGGUGUCUCCAAUGACAGCCUCGAGGUGCUCGCCAAAAGCUGCAAGUACAUAAAACGACUUAAACUCAAUGACUGCACCCAGAUCCGAGACAACGCCGUCCUAGCUUUUGCCGAAAACUGCCCUAAUAUCCUCGAAAUCGACCUCAACCAGUGCGGUCAUGUCGGAAACGGCGCCGUCACCGCUCUCAUGGCCAAGGGAAUUUGCCUGCGCGAGUUGCGUCUGGCCUUCUGCGCCAUGGUUGAUGACUACGCUUUCCUGGCUCUUCCUCCUACUCAGAUGUUCGAUCACUUGCGCAUCCUCGAUCUCACUUGCUGCACGCGACUCACCGAUGUUGGUGUGAAAAAGAUAAUCGACGUCGCCCCGCGACUACGAAAUCUUGUCUUGGCAAAGUGCCGCCUCAUCACCGAUGCCUCGCUCAAUUACAUUGCCAAACUAGGCAAGAACCUUCACUACCUUCACCUCGGCCACUGUGCCAACAUCACAGACGAAGGCGUCAAGACGCUUGUAGCCCACUGCAACCGCAUACGCUACAUCGAUCUUGGUUGCUGCGUCAACUUGACGGAUGAGUCGGUGAAGCGUCUUGCCAUUCUUCCUAAGCUGAAACGAAUCGGCCUGGUCAAGUGCAACUCGAUAACGGACGAAUCAAUUUACACUCUGGCCGAGAUAGCUACCCGUCCUCGCGUUAGGCGUGAUGCCAAUGGUCUCUUUAUUGGAGGCGAGUAUUAUACUUCUAAUCUCGAGCGUAUACAUCUAAGCUACUGUGUCAAUUUGACCCUCAAGAGCAUCCUCAAACUUCUUAACUCCUGCCCGCGCUUAUCGCAUCUGAGUCUGACGGGUGUUCCCGCUUUCCAAGGAGAUGAAUUCUCACCCUUCUGCAGAGAAGCGCCGCCUGAAUUUACCAACCACCAACGCAACGUCUUCUGCGUCUUCUCCGGUGGCCAAGUCUCGAGAUUUCGCGACUACCUUAACAGUGCACCUCAAUUUGAAGACCUACGCGAGAGCCUCACUCCUCGUCGUCAAGCCCGCCCUCGCCAAGUACCGACCCAAAUUCACCCCGCCACGGCAAGUGCCGUACCAACGGCCUUUGAAGAGGCGUAUGACGACGAAAUGGGCGACGAGAAUGACGAUUUCGAGGGAUUCUAUGCCCAGCCGAACAAUACCUUUGCAGGUACCGGCUUCCAAGGGCAUGGUCACUUGCCCAUGAUGGCCCACAGCCUACCCGCCCUGCCAGGCAUAGACACCUUGCCUUGGGAUUUGCCCAACUCAUUUGUCGAUGGAAACGGACUUCACCCCGGUAGCUUUGCCGCCCAGCAACACACACUAGCAUCUCAAACACAGCAAGGCAACCUUGCUGCUCAGCACAACGCUCCCGCGCAACAAGCCCAGCAAAGCGGUCUUUCCGUCCACAACACGCUGGGCUAUCCAAUCCAACCAAUGCCUCUAUCGAGCCUGUCAUCAAUGGCAGGCAAUGCGGGGCCAUAUGGGUACACUCCCAUGAACGCUUUUGGCGUCUUGCAAGCCAGUAUGGCCGGCCCAGCGACCACUGGUCCUAGACAGGCCAGCGCAGCUAGCGCAGCAAGCGCGACUGGGGCGAGUACGGCGCAAAUGCACCAUCAACAAGGAGCCGCGGAUGAGCAACAAGACAUGAGUGGCUAG